GAAUGCCAGGAUGCCUUGGAAGCAGCUGCUCGGGCAGAGGGCCUGCCACUGGACACCUCCGUGCAUUCCCAGCUGAGAAUGCUGGACGAAGAGCAUCACAAGGGCAAAUACCACCAUGGCCUGAAUGUGCUGAAACCUAUUCGGACUACUUCCAAACACCAGCACCCAGUUGAUAAUGCUGGACUUUUCUCCUGCAUGACCUUCUCCUGGCUCACUCCUUUGGCACACAGAGCGUACAAGAAAGGGGAAUUGUUUAUGGAUGAUGUAUGGUCUUUAUCAAGGCAUGAGUCUUCAGAUGUCAAUUGUAGAAGGCUGGAGAGAUUGUGGCAGGAAGAACUGAAAGAAAGUGGGCCCGAUGAUGCUUCUCUCCGGAGGGUUGUGUGGAUUUUCUGCCGUACCAGGCUCAUCAUUUCCAUCGUGUGUCUGAUGAUCACACAGCUCGCGGGUUUUAGUGGACCAGCGUUCGUUGUGAAACAUCUUUUGGAGUAUACCCAACAGAGUGAGUCCAACCUGCAGUACAGCUUGUUUUUAGUUUUUGGCAUCUUUAUGACGGAAAUAGUGCGAUCUUGGUCUCUUGCGCUAACAUGGGCUUUGAAUUACCGCACGGGGGUUAGACUGCGUGGAGCUAUCUUGACAAUGGCGUUUAAGAAAAUUCUUAAGCUGAAGAACAUCAAGGAGAAGUCUCUUGGAGAGCUCAUAAAUGUGUGUUCCAAUGAUGGUCAAAGGAUGUUUGAAGCUGCAGCUGUUGGCAGUUUGUUGGCUGGGGGCCCUAUUGUGGCCAUCUUAGGAAUGGUGUAUAACGUGAUUAUUCUGGGUCCAACGGGCUUCUUGGGCUCUGCAGUUUUCAUCCUUUUCUACCCAGCAAUGAUGUUUGUAUCACGCCUUACAGCUUAUUUCAGAAGAAAAUGUGUAUCGACAACAGAUGAGCGUGUGCAAAAGAUGAAUGAAGUUCUUAAUUACAUUAAGUUCAUUAAAAUGUAUGCCUGGGUCAAACCAUUUUCUCAGAAUGUUCAAAAAAUUCGUGAAGAAGAACGUAAAAUCUUAGAGCGUGCGGGCUACUUCCAGAGCAUCACCGUGGGUGUGGCUCCCAUAGUUGUGGUCAUUGCCAGCGUUGUGACCUUUUCUGUCCAUAUGAUCCUUGGCUACGAUCUUACAGCAGCUCAGGCGUUCACAGUGGUCACUGUCUUUAAUUCAAUGACUUUUGCUCUAAAAGUAACACCUUUCUCAGUGAAGUCUCUAUCUGAGGCAUCUGUUUCUGUUGACAGAUUUAAGAGUUUAUUUCUAAUGGAAGAGGUUCAUAUGAUAAAGAAAAAACCAGCCAAUCCUCACACCGCGAUAGAGGUGAAAAAUGCUACCUUGGCUUGGGACUUCUCCCACGCCAGCGUCCAGAGCUCACCAAAGUUGACCCCCAAAGUGAAAAAAGACAAGAAAGUCACCAAGGGCAAGAAAGAGAAAAUGAAGCUACAGAAUGAGGGACAGCAAGCUGUGCUGGCAGAACAGAAGGGCCAUCUUCUAGUGGACAAUGAUGACCAUCCUAGCCCUGAAGAGGAGAACAAAAUCAUCCACCUGGUUAACCUUCGGCUUCAGAGGACUCUCUACAACAUUGACUUGGAGAUAGAAAAGGGAAAACUUGUUGGAAUUUGUGGCAGUGUGGGGAGCGGAAAAACUUCACUUAUCUCAGCAAUUUUAGGACAGAUGACCCUGCUGGAGGGUAGCAUUGCAGUAAGUGGAACGUUUGCAUACGUGGCCCAGCAGGCCUGGAUUCUCAACGCUACACUUCGGGACAACAUUCUUUUUGGCAAGGAAUACGAUGAAGAAAGAUACAACACGGUGUUGAAUGGUUGCUGUCUAAGGCCUGACCUAGCCAUCCUUCCAAAUGGGGACCUGACAGAGAUUGGUGAAAGAGGGGCUAACCUGAGUGGAGGACAGCGUCAGAGGAUCAGUCUGGCUCGAGCCCUGUACAGUGACAGGAACAUUUACAUCCUUGAUGAUCCCCUUAGUGCCUUAGAUGCUCAUGUUGGAAAUCACAUUUUUAACAGUGCAAUAAGGAAGCACCUCAAGUCAAAGACUGUCCUUUUCAUCACUCAUCAGCUUCAGUAUCUUGUUGAUUGUGAUGAAGUGAUCUUCAUGAAAGAAGGCUGCAUUACUGAGCGAGGAAGUCAUGAGGAACUGAUGAAUUUAAAUGGGGACUAUGCAACUAUUUUUAAUAACCUACAGCUGGGAGAAACACCACAUAUUGAGAUUAAUCUAAAGAAGAACACAAACAGUUCACUGAAAAGACCCCAGGAUAAAAGUACCAAAACAGGGUCUGUGAAGAAGGAGAAAGUUGUAAAGAAGGAAGAGGGCCAGUUGGUCCAGUUGGAAGAGAAAGGCAAAGGCUCUGUCCCCUGGUCUGUUUAUGGUAUCUACAUUCAGGCAGCUGGAGGCCCCUUUGCAUUCCUUGUCAUCAUGGCACUGUUUGUGCUGAAUGUGGGCAGUACAGCUUUUAGCAACUGGUGGCUGAGUUUCUGGAUCAAGCAAGGCAGUGGAAACACCACUGUGACUUUGGGAAAUGAUACUGUCAUAAGCAACAGUAUGAAAGAUAACCCUCGCAUGCAUUACUAUGCUGGCAUCUACACACUGUCUAUGGCAGUUAUGUUGAUUCUGAAAGCUGUUCGUGGCGUCGUCUUUGUAAAGGGAACUCUCAGAGCAUCCUCAAGGCUCCACGAUGAGCUUUUCCGGCGGAUUCUGCGUAGCCCCAUGAAGUUCUUUGACACUACACCCACUGGGCGGAUUCUCAACAGGUUUUCCAAAGACAUGGAUGAAGUUGAUGUUCGUUUGCCAUUUCAAGCAGAAAUGUUCAUCCAGAAUGUCAUUCUUGUGUUCUUCUGUGUGGGGGUGAUUUCUGGGGUUUUCCCCUGGUUCCUGGUGGCAGUGGGGCCCCUCAUUGUCCUGUUCACGGUUCUACAUGUUGUGUCUAGAGUCUUUAUUCGAGAGCUCAAGCGUCUGGACAACAUCACGCAGUCUCCGUUCCUCUCUCAUAUCACAUCUAGCAUCCAGGGUCUCUCCACAAUCCAUGCCUACCACAAAGGACAGGAAUUUCUGCACAGGUAUCAGGAGCUCUUAGAUGAUAAUCAGGCACCAUUUUACCUGUUCAGCUGUGCAAUGCGCUGGCUAGCUGUGCGGCUGGACAUUAUCAGCAUUGCUCUUAUUACAACCACUGGCCUUAUGAUUGUCUUAAUGCAUGGCCAGAUUCCUCCUGCCUAUGCUGGGCUGGCUAUCUCAUAUGCUGUGCAGUUAACAGGGUUGUUCCAGUUUACAGUCAGACUUGCUUCAGAGACAGAAGCUCGCUUUACCUCAGUGGAAAGGAUCGAUCACUAUAUCAAGACACUCUCCCUGGAAGCUCCUGCUCGAAUUAAGAAUAAAACUCCUCCUCUGGACUGGCCACAGGAAGGUGAAGUUGUUUUUGAAAACGCAGAGAUGCGGUACCGAGAGAACCUCCCUCUAGUACUUAAAAAAGUGUCCUUUACCAUCAAACCAAAGGAAAAGAUUGGCAUUGUGGGAAGGACAGGGUCAGGGAAGUCUUCCCUUGGAAUGGCACUCUUUCGUCUUGUUGAACUGUCUGGAGGCUGCAUUAAAAUUGAUGGAGUGAAAAUCAAUGACAUUGGUUUGGCAGAUCUUCGCAGCAAACUCUCAAUAAUUCCUCAGGAACCUGUGCUAUUCAGUGGCACUGUGAGAUCAAACUUGGAUCCUUUCAAUCAGUACAGUGAGGAACAAAUCUGGGAUGCUUUGGAAAGGACUCACAUGAAGGAAUGUGUAAGUAUUUUGUGCCCUAUGAGAUCAUAG